GUGCACGAACGUCAGUUGUCUUUGUGAUUUGACAGUUAACUUAAAAAGGUGUUCAAACAAUGUAAGUGAUGUGUGUUUGUGGAAGUUGGUCGCCGAGCGUGACUCGGGAAUCGAAACUAAUCAAGACUAUGUUGUCGUUAUCGAAUAAGGCCAGUGAAAAUCUUCGAGGAUGAGUGAAAAGCCGAGCAAAACAUUAAGCGGGGCGGGGGCCUCCGCGCCGAAUAAAAUGAGACUGUACGCUACCGGAGUAGAUAGGACCCCAUCGAACUGCAUCCCCAGAUUAUGUUCCCUAACACUCACGAGAAUAAUACUGCUGCGACCCCUCGGUUCCGACCUGGCAUCGAUAUCGAUCGCCGUGAAGAUGCAGUCCAGCAAACGCACCCUCCGCUCCCACGAACUGAACCUGCCGCAGGGCGGUCUGCUGGACACGCCGCUCGACAUGACCUUCUGUCUGCAGUACCCGCACUUCUUGAAGCGCGAGGGAAACAAGCUGCACGUACUGCUGCAACGGCGGAAGCGGUACAAGAACAGGACCAUGCUGGGCUUCAAGACGUUGGCCGAGGGAAUCAUACGUAUGGAUCAGAUACUCCAAAAGCAGAUGGAUCUCGAACUGGAACUGAUGGCGGAAAGUGGCAAAGAGAAGGGUGCGAAUCCAGUGGCCCGAGUUACCGUUCUCCAGCUGAGCUCGACGCCCAUCGACCACGAACACAAAACGGAACGGGACCACGAUUUUAGCGACGACGACGACGACAUCAGUUCCGGUGAAGAAGAACCUGGCGAUUUGUCCGACAGUGAACCCAUCAGAACCAAAAUGCCACACGCCAGACACAACCUCAAGCAAAGAUUUGUCUCGUUACUGCGACGAUUCCGGGUGGCAGAUUCGGAGGGCGGCCGCGGUGCCGACCUGGACAAUCCCAGCGACAUCCAGGCGCUCUUCCAGGAGCUCGAGUCACUGAGCUGCGACGAGGACUCCGGCAACGAGCAGGACACAAUGUCGAUUUCCAGCACGCCGAAGCCGAGCCUGAGGCCGUUCUUCAGCAGCAGUCGCAGCCUCCUCGACUCGAAUCCGCCUCCGUGCGUGGAGAACGAUCGUGUGGGGGACGACAGGACGUGUUCGGGCAGUGAUGGCAACGCGGACGUCUGCUACACAGAUCCGGAGGGGCAGAGCGAUCCGCAGACGGGGUCGCCGCCCAGGGAACAGUCCGUCGGUACCAGAAAGAUCGCUGGUGAUAGCGAGUUUGCAAACAUUAUGCAGGAGUUAAGCGAGAGAAAAUCAAAAUUGUUCAGAUCUGGUGCGUCAUCAGCGAAAAAGAAGAAUUCUCUUAGUGUAGGAUCUGAUGCGCCUCCUCCUGAGUCCAUAACGGUUCGAAAAGUUUUUGCCGAUCAGAUAUUGAAACUUUUACCCCUUGAAGAAACGAUGCUUCCUGAAUGUGUCGUCUUAUUAUCAGGUCCAGAAAAUGUGACUGGACCGUUGCAGACAAGACUGGCCUCCCUUCCCAAUCUUAAAGUUUUUGUGCCCCUUUCCGCAAUCGAAACCAAAACUGUAUUAACAGCGUUAUUUACAAAAAUUCACAAGUAUUGUAACAGUUGUGCCAAACCGGGUGCAUACGUAAAAAUUUUAUUAAUUGGAGGAGACACUUUAAUAGGAUGGUCAAUAAGGCCGUACGUAGAAACGUUGUCAAGCAAGUCAUCAGAAUGGCUGGCAUAUAGCAGACUGUAUAUAGUACCUAUGGGAACUUGCAAUAUGGCAAGACAUCUGGCUACAUUAGAUCAGGGAUAUGCGACGCUUUUCCCUAACGAUCAAGAACUGAAACUCGAUGAUCUCUGUUUGAGAAUAAACCGAUAUUUGUCGGUUUCUGCAUCUGCACCAAUUGCACAAUUGCCCUUGGGAGAAGCAAUGUUGACGUGCUACGAUGAAAACAGCCAGUUGUUUAUACCGUUCGUUAAUGACGUGAGAGUGGGUCCAGCAGAUCACACCCUUUCCGUUAGUGUUGAUUUAGAAGACACAUGCUCCAGUCCGCCCGCCCCCUCUCUGACGCCACCUUCGUCGCCCAACGUACAAGCCCGCGAGUCACCUUGGGAACCGCUAGAACUACAGCUGGACUACUGGCAGAUUCCCAAAUUCAACGAAAUGACUACGUUACCGGUCGUCAAAACGGAUAAGACCCAAAAGCAGGACGGCAAGACGUCUUUGAAGGCGUUGUUUAGGGGUAUACAUGCCACACCUACUUCCACCAGCGGGCUUAACCUGAACAUCAACCUAGCCUCCAAAGAAAAGAAACAGAAAAUAAUGAGACUGGGGAAGAAGAAGGAAAAAGAAAAGGACACAGAGCCUAGGAACCAUGCAGUAGAAGGAGUCUCCAGAUUAAUAUGUUCUGCAAGGGCGUCACACACGGCCCCUAUGAAAGUGUAUAUCGACGGAGUGGACUUCAACGGAGUAAAAUUCUUCCAACUGAGCUCCACGUGGCAAACACACGUCAAAAAUGUAUCUGUCGCCCUGGUGGGCGUUCCGUUGGCCAGUAUGGAACUGAACUGAAUCUGCACGCCCCCCAAAACACUAAAUCGACAACAGCACAUCAUAAUCCACUGCCCAAUUUUCUGUCGUGGACAAAACUAUUCUCCGGAAGUCUCGCGAAUGGGAUUGAGAAAAUUUGGAAUCUGAUUCAAUGCUAGAUGGUCAAUUAAUGACUGUGGUGCAAGCAUAUAAAACCCAGUGACAGGUUUCAAGUUUUCGGUUAUGCCAGUGUAGAUAUGGGUUUUGAGUCCACAUUUAUACUGUAUUCAGCAAUAUCGUGGUAAUAAUUGAUUAGAAAAUAUUAAAUGUCUCUAAUGUGUAUUAUUUACAUUUGAAAUCGAUAUCGUUUGGACUCCAAUCACAAGUUUUACACUCGGCAGUAACUGAUCCCAAACUGUGUCCCCCUACUUUUUACGCUCCUUUUUUUGGGAACCUCCUGCGUGUGCGUCUCCGUUUUUACUCUCCAUGAUCUUUCGCUUAUCUGCUUCCGUGAUUCUAAUACCACCGCUUCUAGUCACUAUACGGGGUUACCCAAAAAUGAAACAAGUUAAUGUUUUAAAACCGUUGACAAUACAACCCUUUAAAAGGCUCAAAACUGACUCGUUAAAGACUCUAAAGUUAUAUAUAAAAAAUACUCUGUAUAUGUGAUAUAGUUUGUAGUUUGUCGUUAAUCAUACUGAGUAUGCUUCGGACAUUAAUAAUUAAGAUGUACAUCCCAAAAAGUGUCGGAUAAUGCAUAUAAAUACAUUACAAACAGGUAAAAUGGAAGUGCGUUUAAUGUUCAGAGUGAUUUUCUCACCUACGUACUUACAAUUAGAUGUUUGAAUGUUUGUUAUACAAUACGUGCUCUUGUUCUCCUUCAUUAGUUUCUUUAUUUAGUAAUAAUGAUAAAUAAUGUGCUUAGUAUUGCUUAAGCUCAAAUAUUCAACAUAUCAUAAUCGAAAAAAUAACGUUCUUAUAUGUAGUAUUUUUUAUUUAUUAUAUGUUGUACUAUAUAUUUAUACGUAAUAAAAUAUACUCCUGUAUGUGUUUGUAUAUUUGGUACAGGUUUUUUAAAUAUGUUGGAUAAUUCGAUUCAAAGAGCAAUUGAUAUUAAUGUGAUUAUAUGUGUUAAUCGAAACGAUUUAGAGGAUAAACCUCGUCCAUUGUCCAGUUCAAUUAUACAUUCAAUUAAGUCGUGCUUUUAUCGAUUUUACACAUUGUACGCUUGAUAUACAUCACUACAUUUAGUAUUUUAUAAUUGGAUUUGCCAAAAAUAGGCUUAGCAUAUCUACUAACAUGUAAAAAAUACUCCAAUAGAGAUUAUAGAUAAGUGAUAUUUUUUGUACAUUUUUUUCAAAGUUACAAUUGAAUUUGUAAUUAUCUGGAUAAUAUCAAUUGAGAAAUAUUUGUACUGUAACAUAAAUAAUAUAAAAUAUCCAAAUUUGGCUCAGCCAUGUAUUAUAUGCUAAAUAUCGUAAUUUUUUAAAGAUUCAAAAUGUUAACAUCAACAAAAUUGUGUUUUUGUUUAUAAUACAACAUAUUUUGUGGAAUGUUUCCUAAUAUAAUAAUUAUGCAUAUAGGAAGCCUUUUGGGUGAAAUGAUUUAGUUUUAUGGACACUGUGAUCAAUUUUUACAAUAAAAGCUAUUAAAAUUUCUAGCCAUAAAUUGUAUUCCAUUCCAAAUGACUUUCUUAUGCAUUGAUUUUAUAUAGUCUUUGGAUAGUUAAUUAAAGUUGACUUUGUGAUAAAAUAUUCCUAUUCAAUUUCAAGAAUUUUGCGAUAUUCGAAAUUGUUCCCUGAUUAAAAAAUGCAAUAUAUUACAGUUAAGAUUAUAUAAUAGAAAAUGUAUUAGUAAUAAAAACAUUAUUUUUAUAAUUUGUAUUAUUAAGAUAGGUAGCAAGGAAAAUAUCUACUCUUUACCUGGUCAGUUCAUGAAUGUAUUUUUCAAAUUUCCCUUGUUUUCAUAUGUAAUACUUGCAUGAACUUUUAACAUAUCAAUCUGAUCUAAACUAUUCUUUGGUUAGUCCCUCUUUUAAAACCUUGUAAUUGAAUUAGGAAUAUAUUUCUGAAUAUUUUCCAUUUCCAUAAUGUAUAUGCAUAAAUCGAUCUCAGUUUAAGAGACGUGCUACUUUAUUUUUUUUAUGUAUCAGUGGGCUAACCAGGUGUUACUGGGUAGCCGUUUUGUAUGCGACUGUGAUUUUACCCGCAGCUCAUUCCAGUGUAGAACGGAUGCGUGUUCCUGAAAAUAAUAACGUACUAUAUGUAUAUCGAACACUCGUCUUAUAUUGAUAGUUUAUGCUACAGGUAUUUAAUAAAUUAGAUUGACGACUUAAAAAAACUUACUGGAUUUCUUAAUAUACAUUAUUCUAGUAUUUCUCGGAAUGGGUAAAUUGUUGUGAAUUUGAAUAUCUUUUAAACGGACUGAUUUAUUUGAAUAAGCUUUGUACGCCCUAUCCGAGAUAUCUUAUUAAAAUAAAACUUACUAUAUAUAUAUAUAUAUACCCAGUGAAAGCCAGGUUUUCCAAUUGUAAUAGAUUUUAAUGUACCAAUUAUGUUAAAUUAUACAUUUUCUAUACUUCUUGUAAAUAAGACCUAUUUAAUUUUGAUAUAUAUUCAGUCAGCUUUGCGACAGCUUGAAAAUUGAUUUAUUUAUUUAUACAUGAUGCAUAAACUAACAGGUAGUAUCAAUGUUUUGAUGUAAAACAGUAGAAUAGAAUACUUGUUGUAUAAAUGCAAUAACGUUUAAAUAGUAUCGUUUAUAUAAACCAUAUAUUUAUUGAAUAAAGUUGGAUGAGUGUAUGAGACUCUAAAACACAAA